AUGGUUCGCUACCUCAACCCAGGAGGCCAUGAUUUGGCCGAGACCGAGAAUUUGGAUGGCUAUGGCAUCUCUCUUAUAGUCGUCAUCGUGCUCUAUUCCAUAUUCUUCUACGCUGCCUGUAUCUUCCUCUGGCUCCAGCGUAAUAAUCCCGCCAUUAGAAUGCGCAAGAUUCCCUUGGCCCUGCUGUCGAUACUGGUACUCCAUGUGUAUCUAGUCAUCAUCUUCGUCCUCUACCCUCUUAACGGUACUUUCCCCUGCGGUUUGGAGUUCUGGGUCAUGUCAAUCUAUCUCCCCAUCGGUAUCGGCUUGUUUCAGGCUCAGAAUCAGCAACUCCUCAUUGUCAGCCGAGAGCAAAACCUGCUCAAAGGAAUCGAUGAACUUUAUCGGCCGUUGUACCCCAACCAUGGAGGUGGACUGGGAGGACCUGAGUAUUGGAUCUGGCGCCUCAAGCUUUGGUGGAGGAGCGUCAAUACACAGAACAAAUACGAGGGUCUCGUCUUCGUAGGGAUGGUGGUCCAGUUUGUUGUUUCCUUGGUAAUAUACUCCAUAUCUCGCCAAUUCCACGAUUAUGGUAUUGUAUCACACCAUACAUCACCUGGUAUGUGCCGCAAAGGAUGGGAAUGGGCACCUUCCAUUGUUUGGCAGUUCCUAUGGAAUUUCUUCUUCGGUCCCUACCUGCUAUGGAAGAUCAAACCAAUUCAUGACAUUUACCACUGGCGUCUGCAGACUUGGCUGUCCGUGCUUGCUGGGCUCCUUGGAACGCCGCUCUGGCUUGCCGCCGUCUACACUGAUAGCUUUGCAUCGGUCAAUAAGUAUUGGGCGCCGCCUAUGUGGUUUAUGCCUGGUCUGAUGAUGAUGGAACUGGUCACGCUGAUCUUCCCCAUCAUGCAAGUCUUCAAACACAACAAGGCGGCCCGCGAAACGCAAGACAUCCUAGCAGAUUUCGACGCUAAGAAACUCCAUUCGGAAGAACCAUCCACCACCGGAUCAUUGGCAACCCGUUCCACAGGCUCCAAGCGCGGCAAGAUGUUUUCUAUGGAAUCCCUCGACGAGUGCCUGACCACUUGCUGUGACGGCCUGCAAGUGUACGCCUCCUGCAUGGAGCUCAAUGGCGAAAACAUCAUAUUCCUCACCAGAGUCCUGGGCUUCGAAAGGAAGUGGGACAUGGAUUUUCCGAAGAUUCGCGACCGUUCUCGUGCGCGUAUGGGCAUGUUCCGCGCCGCUCUCAGUAUCUAUGUUACCCUCGUGCAUUCAGACACCGCAUCCUAUCCAAUCAACAUCGAGAGCCCUAUCUACGCCACGCUGGAAUCUAUCUUUGGCGCGGCUACAAAGCUCGUCGCUUCAAGACGCAAUAGCGAAUCGCCUUUAACGCCGAUCUCUUCCGUCACGCCCUGGGAUGAGCCGCAGCAGGAGCCCCUGAUCGAGUCUCCAAUGCUUGAGUCUCCAGGGGGAACGUACCCGAUGCGCAACAUGUCGUCAACACCGCCAGCUCGACGAUCGAUCGACAACGACAGCAGAGAGCACAUCAUCCCGCUGGAUGACGAUCCUCAGGAUUCCCUUGCAGGCUUUCAAAUUCCAGCAGAGUUCGGUGAGCAUGUUUUCGACGCAGCAUUCAAGUCGAUCAAGUACAUGGUGUGGUCUGAGACAUGGCAGCGCUACAUGAACUGGAGGCGCUCGAGUGUGACGGUCGUUUGA